CAUUUACAAUCUAAUGCUUCCCUUUUAUAUUUCUGGUAUGCUGAGGUAGAACUUACUAAUAAUUGUGGAGAUACUCAAGAGUCCUCAUCUCGCGCAUUGCAUAUACUAUCCUGCUUAGGAACUGGAGCAAAGUACCAGCCAUUUGAACAGAAACCAUCAAACAUGCAAUUGCUGAGAGCACAUCAAGGAUUUAAAGAAAAACUGAAGACAGUACAAUCAGCAUGGUCACAUGGUUCUGUAGAUGACCAGUCCGUUGCUCUAAUUUGUUCGGCAGCUUUAUUUGAAGAGUUGGCAACUUGGUGGACUGCAGGUAUUGAAGUGUUAGAUGAAGCUUUCGCUAUGGUGCUUCCAGAAAGGAGGCGACAAAGUUACCAACUUGAAUUUUUGUUCACCUUUUAUACGAGGAUGCUUCUAAGACAUCAUACGCAAUCAAACUCAUCUAAUCUUUGGGGUUCUACCUUGAAGGGGCUGCAAGUAUAUCCUUGCAGCUCUGAACUUUUCAAGGCCAUAGUGGAUAUAACCCAUCUUUAUGCAACACCCAAUAAAUUGCGGCGGCUGUUUGAUGAUUACUGUAAUAAGAAACCUUCUGUAAUUGUUUGGAUUUUUGCAUUGUCAUUUGAGAUGAGCAGAGGAGGUUCCCAUCACAGAAUUCAUGGGUUAUUUGAAAGAGCAUUAGCAAAUGAGAGCUUGCGUAAAUCAGUCAUACUCUGGCGUAUAUACAUAGCAUAUGAAAUCAACAUUGCACAUGAUCAUUCUGCUGCUAGGCGCAUUUUCUUCCGAGCCAUUCAUGCUUGUCCCUGGUCCAAAAAACUAUGGCUUGAUGGUUUUCUAAAACUGAGUUCCAUACUAUCUGCCAAGGAGUUGUCUGAUCUCCAAGAAGUAAUGCGGGAUAAGGAGUUGAACCUCAGGACUGAUAUUUAUGAGAUUUUGUUGCAAGAUGACCUUAUAUCAUCAUAAUUGGAAUGUGCUUGCUCAUGGUUUUUGCCUUCUCUAGCAGCUGAUUUUUGUAAAGUGUGUGCAUAUGUUCAACAUGUUUAAUACAACCUUACAAUGUUUAUUUUAUUUUAUUUUAUUUUUUUUCCAAUUACAAUUCAUAAUUCUCUAAGAAAGUGAACUUUUAAUUCAACUUAUCAUUGGAAAUCA